GCUGAUCCAAUUCGGCCAUUUCUCUGCUACACAGACCAUUUUUUUGGAUCCUUCAAGUUUCCAGCUUACGAGGAGGGGAUACAGUAUUUAAAAAUGUUCUCCCAGACGAAACAAUUGGUCCCCGUCCUGAACGCGCAAUGUCAGCAACAGCGCGGGAUGGCAAACUUGAAGAUCAUCGGUAUGCGUCUCAAGUCUGUCAGGAAUAUCCAGAAAAUCACCCAGUCCAUGAAGAUGGUGUCAGCUGCCAAAUUCGCCCGUGCUGAGAGAGAUCUGAGGGCUGCCAGACCUCUGGGAAGUGCUGCCAAGUCCUUUUACGAUCACGCUGAGGUUUCUACUAAUAAGGAGGCCCCCAAGGAACUAUAUGUUGCUAUGACCAGUGACAGAGGUCUCGCCGGAGCCGUUCAUUCCAGCAUCAACAAAGCUAUCAGGAAUGAAUUGAAUGAGAAGGCUAGCCUGGAGAACGUGAAGGUUAUCUGUGUCGGAGAUAAGUCCAGAGGUUUCUUCCAGAAAUUCUUCCCGGAGAAUAUUUUGAUGGUCGGAUCCGAGAUCGGCAGACUCCCACCUCAGUUCGGAGAUGCUAGCAAGGUCGCUAACGCUGUUCUUAGCUCUGGAUUUGAGUUUGACAGUGGCAAGAUGUUCUAUAACAGAUACAACUCUGUUGUCUCCUACACCACCACUGAAAUCCCCAUUUUCUCCCAGGACUCCGUUGCAAACAGUGCAAAGAUUACUCUGUACGAUUCCAUUGAUUCUGAUGUUCUUCAAUCCUACAUUGAGUACAGCCUUGCUUCUCUUUUCUACUACGUAAUGAAGGAGGGAGCUUGCAGUGAACAGAGCUCUAGGAUGACUGCUAUGGACAACUCAACCAAGAACGCUGGUGAGAUGAUUGACAAACUGCAGACUACCUUCAACAGAACCAGACAGGCCGUCAUCACCGGAGAACUAAUUGAGAUCAUUUCCGGAGCUGCUGCUCUCGACUAAGCCUGUUUUUCAAGACCCAUCUUGGUUUCGGGCAUCAGAUGACAUCCUUUUUUGCCCGAAACAGCUGAAAUCUUCGGGCCACCAGAAAUAUAAUUUAAACGUCUAAUAGCUGAAAGUAAUGAAUGAAAAACAAUUAUUUAAAAUUG